AUGAAUAUUAACCGUAAUUUAAUUUCCCUCAAAUGUAUACUAUUCCUAGUUUUUGGGGCUAUAGGAAGCCUCUUCCCUUUUCUACCUCUCCAUAUGAACUCCCUCGGACUUUCAAAGGACGAAUCGAUAGUAGUUUCGAUAGUAGCACCGAUAAUAGCUUUAAUAGGACCGUUAGUGGCAGCUCCGUUGGCAGAUAGAUUAGCAGGUACUUCAAGUAAUACCUCCAAAGGCAGAAAUGGAGCAUAUCUUAGGGUUAUGAUUGCAGUAUCAUUGGCGUUUGCGACGAUACUUUACUGGUUGCUACUAGUCAUCCCACCUAUCAAAAAGAACGCGAAUGUUACCUUUAUAUGUAACGAGGAAGGAGGCUAUGUUUUACAGGAUCGAUGUGGAACGAAUUGUUAUGAUUGGAACACUGAUAAAGGAUCAUUAUUAGUAAAAAACUGUAUAUACACAUGCAAUGAGACUUCAGCUUACCAAGUGCAUGAAUCAACGCUUCCUCCAUUUGAAAAAGAAAGCCACGAAGCUUCCGGAAGUGAUAGCGAUAGUUAUUACGAUGGGGAAACUGUGCCAGAUGUACCCGAAUUAGAAGUUGAAGUGACCACUACCCCUGCUCCCGUCGUCGAUACUGCCACCGGUAUAUACUUCGAGCCUCAUCCCCAUAUGUGCUACCGAAAUGAUUCCGGCUACGAUCUUUGCGAAGUAUACACCGACUACUCCAAGCCGAUUAACUUUCACAUCGGAUUAAAACCGUCAGUACCGUUUUCCAGCCCGGACAACCGGACCUGCAAGUUUCCGACAUUUGAAUCCUUCCAGUGUAGAAUUCGUCCAGAUGUCCAAAAAAACUUAACUUACCAUGUAAAAGACUGCAAACCAAUUGUUAUUUGCGAAAUUCACAACCCCUACAACAACGAGGACAGUUUAUUAGAAAGAUCUCAAUGUGGUAACAGCAGCUUUUGGUUGUACAUCUUCGUCAGAUCCAUCGCUGAUUUAUUCCUAGCAGCGACUGUAGUUUUGAUUACCACUGCAGUUGUAAUUGCUACAAGGGAGACAUCUACAGGUAGAGGAGAUAUUGGAAAGCAAUUCGCAGCCGGAGCCUUGGGAUUUGCUAUUUUUGCUCCCAUUAUAGGCGGAUGUGCAAAUGGUGGCUAUUUGGAAUCCAUCAUUUGCUUUACCGUUUUAGCUGCACUUGCUGUUCUACUGCUUCUAGCUGAUAAUUCCAUUCCACUGAGUCCUCCAGAAUGGUGGUGGCACACAAGAUGCGGCCUAUUAGCGCUUCCAAUGUCUUCUGUAAGAAAAUAUGGUUGGGAAGUUGCUUCACUUGGUCUGGUGUUAUUCCUUCUGGGUGUAUUUUGGAGUGCUAUCGAUUCGUUUUUGCCCUGGCACAUAGUCAAUGAAGAGAAUGGGGAACCGUUGGUUAUAGGAAUGACGGUCACUGUGGGAGCUAUUCCAGCUGUGAUAUUCUUGAUAUUCGCUGAAAUAGUUGUAGAUUAUUGUGGCCAUAAUAACAUUCUUAUCUUCUGUUUUGUUAACUAUAUCUGCCAUCAUCUAGGUCUCAUGUUCUUCGAUAACGCCUGGUAUAUCCUCAUUUGCGAAUGGUUGGAAGUGUUCACAUUACAUAUUAUGUAUAUAACUGCCGUACUCUACUUAAGACAUUUGGUUCCAAGGAAAUUCACCGCUUGCGGACAAGCACUGCCAAUCAUUGCUCACUUUUGUUUAGGUCGUUGUUUUGGAGUUUUAUUGGGAGGACUUGCAUUUUCUGACUUCAACUCAGAAUAUGUGUUCCAGAACGUUCACAAAUACUUCUGCGUUGCCGCUGUAGUGGUAGCGAUAAUUUAUUUCUGCUUGUACCAUUUCUACCUGAAAGCAUACUGCAUUCCCCCCGUACAUUUGCCUCCUGCCCCUGCUCCAGCUCUUAUACAAAGUAUGAAUGGCAACGGAGCUUACACACCCCUCAGAGUUUACCACAACAGCAAAUCAAAGAAAGGUCACUUUAGAUAUUAA